AUGCUUGCAGUAUGCACCAAACAUUAUGGCGAAAUGACCGAUUCGGCUUACUCCUCGCAUAAGGAGCUGAAAUUUGCACUUGACUAUGAGAAGUUUGUGAGAGUCUUGCCACUGAAAGUCGAAGACACAUACCCACCACAGCCACCAGGUGGCCCGGGGCACAAGUAUGAUAAGGAGUUUUUAGCUCAAAGCUACAUUCUCAGUGUUUUCAAGCCCGGUCUUGUUCGCUUGGAUUGCCAAGACAAAUCCGAAAUAGACAUCGCGGUUGAUAUUGCCACGAACCUGCAGAAGUACAGAGUGGCCACACGAGCGGGCUACCAUUGA